CUCAAUCUUUCGCUUGCUUUUUCAGCAAUAGUUCACAUACCCAGCUAAACAACUUAUAGCUCACCGAAUAUUUUCACACGCACAUUACCACAAUGGCUUCAGCACAAGGCAUGGCCGCAUAUGCUGCGCCCUCUCUUUUCCAGCCUCACCUCACCCGUCAGGCCAUCCGAGAUGCUCACAAGAAGAAGAUUCCCCCGUUGAUUGGAUACUAUGGCGGUCUUGGAUCCACAAAGAUUUCACGCUGGGUGGCGCCUCUCAACUUUGAUGUCGUUUGGGUCGACUGGGAGCACAGCAGCAUGAACGUUGAGACAAUGACAACCAUUGUUCACGAGGCCAUUUUCAUGAGCCAGGGAAGGACAAUUCCAUUUGUCAGAGUGCCAGGACAUGACCACGCCUCGAUUGGAUAUGCGCUGGACGCCGGCGCAAGUCUUGUCAUCCCCCAAGUUGAAACCGUUGAGCAAGCAAAGCAUGUUAUAUCAUCAGCCAAGUUUGGGUCCAAACAAAGGGGCACUCGCUCGGCACCCCCCUUCCGACUGAUGCCUGGUGUCACAGAUAUGGCAUUCCAGCCGGGCAGAGAUAUCUUUCAGGCGCUCAAUGAUCAAGCUGCCAUCAUGAUCCAGAUUGAAUCGCUAGAAGGCAUUAACAACCUGGACGCCAUCCUCACCGAGGUGCCAGAUAUCGACAUGGUGUGGCUUGGAAGUCUCGAUUGUCGUGUAGAAAUGAAUCUGGCAAGUAACUACGGCAUGGGCGGUAACGAGCCCGAGUGGCUAGAGGCUCGCCAGAAGUUCUUUGAUGUCCUGGACAAGCACGAUAAGCCCUAUGGUGGCUUUGCCUUUUCCAGCCCUCCUUUUGGCACGCCAGAGUCCUUCAAGAAGGCUGCAGAGCGCAUGUCCUUUAUCAUCGUGGCAGCCGAUGUCAAAGCGCUGGCCGGCAUGGGAGAAACGCUGCAGGAAGCGCGAGGGCUUGUGGAAGGGCUUGUGGUACCGGAGAAGAAGGUGAAUGGAGAGAAUGGACACAGCAAUGUUAACGGUGAGAAGUUAUAGAUUGGCGGCGAUUGGAAAGAAUUGAUGGUACAAGGGGAUAAAAGAGAGAUGAAUGUGAAUGUGAGGGAGAAAAGAGGAUGGAAAUAGAUCAGAGGGGGUGAUGUAAGCAGCCGCCAGAGAUGGCAGUUGCAGUGCUCAGCGUGCCUUCCUGCUUUGAUCGGGUAUCAUCUGUUAGUCAGCUAUCACGACUUUUAUAAUAAAGCUUCAUGAUUCAAAAUGUCUUUGAC